AAUUGGGGCAUGCUCUUUGCUCCUAGAAUAGCCUGUGUGGCUAACGGGAGGGAGAACUGGGACUUGCUUCUGGUCUCCAGGGCAACAGGCCAGGUGACCAAUCAGCUCCUGGGCCUCCAGGGCAACAGGCCAGGUGACCAAUCAGGUCCUGAGCCUGGGGUCAUUGUUCAGCUAAAUGUGUUGCUAUGACUCCUGAAACCCAAUUGACGGAAGGAAGGUACGGGACAGGAGCCUGCUUCGUGUCCUGGGCUUGUGUCCUGCAAGUGUGUGGAAAUGUCUGUGGAAAAGGCCACGAAAGUAGGAGAGAGUUUUCAAAGGGUCCUGGGAUUUAAGAAGAUGGAGAUGGACAACCGGUGGCAGAACUCACACACCCACUGUCUGUGGCAGACGACUCUGGACCAGAGGAGAAACCUGUAUGCCACCCUAAGGAUGCAGGGCAUCAUGGGACAGGAGUUGGCCCUGGCCAACAAGCAGCUGCUGACGGUGAGUUCCAGCACGGGCGGCCUGCGGUCCGCUGGGUCCCCAGGUCCUAGCUGCUGCCGUUACCUGCCCGCCACGUCUGCCUCGGAGGCCGUCAGCGUCACACUAGAGCAGUAACGUGUUUCGUUAAGGGGCUCUUCGUGUCCAGCUGCAGGUGACACAUCCUCGAGUCCCAGGGCACGGACUAGCUCCCCCCCGCCCACGUCCAGCAGCUGCCUCUCAGAGCCCCUCUCUCCCGGGAGUGCCCAGGGGUCAGCAUGUCACCAUCUCUGUACCCUGGUGCCUAGCAGAGGUCAUGGUUCAUGGUGUUCUCAGCAAACGUUUGCUGAGCGUGGCUUCACCCCCAGAGAAAGAGCCAGAAAGAGCCCGGUAGGCUCCCCCUCCGGUGUGCAACCUCGAUGCUCCUGCCCAGAUUUGUGUGCCAGCUAAGUCCGAACCCGGAGGAUGCACGCUGGACUGCCGUCGGGGAGCACGGGAAAGGGGGCGAGCAGCCAGCCUGGCGUGACGCGCUGCCCUCCCCACCAGGCUCGCCGGGCGGCCCUGCACCAGCUGUUCGAGGCGGAGCACCGGCAGCACCAGCAGGAGCUGAAUCAGACGGGCAAAGCUUUUUACGUGGAGA